AUGGCAGGGAUCCUCGCCUGGUUCUGGAACGAGCGGUUCUGGCUGCCGCACAACGUCACCUGGGCGGACCUGCAGAGCACAGAGGAAGCCGCCUUCCCGCAGGCGGAGGACCUCUACCUCGCCUUCCCCCUGGCCUUCUGCAUCUUCAUGAUCCGGCUGCUCUUCGAAAGGUUCAUUGCUAAACCUUGUGCCUUAGGCCUUAAAGUCCAAGCCAACGGACCACAGAAAGCUCAACCUAAUGCUAUCCUGGAAAAAGUUUUCACAGCUAUUACAAAGCAUCCAGAUGAGAAGAGGCUGGAGGGCCUCUCCAAGCAGCUGGACUGGGAUGUACGCAGCAUUCAACGCUGGUUUCGACAAAGACGCAACCAGGAAAAGCCCAGCACUCUUACAAAGUUCUGUGAGAGCAUGUGGAGAUUUACAUUUUACCUUUAUAUAUUUACCUAUGGAGUACGGUUCCUGAAAAAGACACCCUGGCUCUGGAAUACCAGACAGUGCUGGAACGGGUAUCCAUAUCAGCCACUGCUGCCUGACCUUCAUUAUUACUACAUAGUUGAAUUGUCAUUCUACUGGUCCUUAAUGUUUUCUCAAUUCAUUGACAUCAAAAGAAAGGAUUUUGGCAUCAUGUUUACACAUCACAUUGUAACAGUCACCCUGAUAACCUUCUCAUAUGUAACCAAUUUGACAAGAGUGGGAACCUUGACCUUAUGUCUCCAUGAUGCGGCUGAUGUUGUCCUAGAGGCUGCCAAAAUGGCAAACUAUUGCAAGUGUCAAAAACUGAGUGACCUUCUGUUCCUUACAUUUGCCAUUGUCUUCAUUGUCAGUAGGCUUGGCAUAUAUCCCUUAUGGAUAUUAAACACAACAUUAUUUGAACUGUAUGAAGCUCUGGGCAAUUUUCCUGCCUUGUGGAUCUUCAAUGUGCUGCUUGUGAUUCUUCAAAUUCUGCACUGUUUUUGGUCUUACCUAAUCAUAAAGGCAGCCUACAAAGCAAUUUCAAAGGGCAAGGUAGCAAAGGAUGACCGAAGUGACAUUGAGUCAAGCUCAGAUGAGGAAGAAACAGUACCUCGUUCAAAGACCCUGCACAGCACUAUCACCACUAAUGGGACUAGCGGUGCCAAUGGGACAAAUGGGUAUCUUACUGGUGGCACUUGCUCAGAGGAGCAUUAAUCCUUGAGUUCAAUCAUGAGACACGAACAGAAUGAACUGUUUGCUACUGGAAGUAAAUUAUAAGUUGUGAAUGCGGUUUCUUCAUAUAUCUCAGCAUCAGAAAAAAUUAGGAGUAUCAAAGCAUUCUGAUAGCGCACUGCCAUAUUUCCUGUUUGUGAAUGAAGACAACACACCAUUCUGUAUACGUAGGCAUGCUGUAUGUGUAUGUAACUGACACAAUGGGAGCAGUAUUUUCACUUGUACUGUCUUUGAAAUAUUAUUUAUUUUGUGUUCUUUUGGGAACUUCUGGACAAAAGGGAAUAUCCAUUCUCAACCUUUAUCUCUUCGGAUUCUCAGUGGUAGAGAGCAUCAUGCUCAGAUCUCUUCUGUCCAUCCCUGUUGCUUUUGCUGAGUCUGCUAUAAGUAAUAGUUGCUUGAUUUGUUACUUACAGUAAGAUAGAACAUAGCUUUAUAGAUUCUAGAUCUGCUUCAGAUAUUUUUGCUAUCUUUGUGUUUUAAAGUGCUGGUUUUGAAAUUGCCUAUCAAAUCACAGUGGCCAUUCCUCCAACGUAAAGUUUUAAAACACUGGAUUGAUAUUUUAAAUAGUAGGUAAUGUGGUCGAUUAGCAAUUUGGGGAAAAAAACUGUGGUAAUUGUGGGAUAUUAUUUUAGCAUAAUUUAAAAUUCAAUUUGGUGGUUAAUUGCAUUAGAAGUAGACUUGAUUUGUUGUGCAAAUACCCAAAAGCAUUGAUGUCAAUGAUUGGGAUAAACUCAUUCUCACUUUUUUUUUUUUUUGCCUUGCAAUUUUUGACCUCUACAGAUUUUAGCUUUUUGCAGAGAUUCCAUGUUGAAAGGUGUUUGUUCAAGUGCACCAUUGUGAAUCCAGACAUCACUCCUGAAACUGUUCUUGCACGUUCAGAUGGAUCAGAGCAGGGGUGUAAUGGAAAAAAUAGCAGAUGAAAAGUUCAUUGCUUCCUCGGACACAGUUCAGUCUAGGUAUCGUUCUUAUAAUUAUUGCCACUUUCUUGGUAGGGUGAAGAGAGAGAAGGCAGAAUGUCAUACAUUACUAGGAUUAGUUUAUUUUAAAUGCAUGAAAACUUAAGCAAAAUU